UAAACUGUAUUCUUCCUCCAAGUCAACAAGGGUCUCCACCUCCAUCACUUCUACUUCGAUCAUUCCUAGUAAAUAUUUCCAGCCUCUGCUGAAGGAGGAGGAAGAAACUGAUGAUGAUGAUGACUUCCAAACAGUGGCCAUGAAAUCGCCUGUUGUCACAGCAGACACUGUGCAGCCAGUGAUAGAGAAGAUGGAGGAAGGCGAGGAGGAGGAGAGUGAGGAAGAUGAUUGGGAGGAAGUGGAAGAGCUGUCUGAACCUCUGGGUCCAGCAGAACCAUCGGAGCCUGCCCUUCCCUCUCAGCCAGUAGAAAUAGAGAUUGAGACUCCAGCUCUCCAGCAGAGAAGACUGAAAAAGGAGAAGAGGAAGGCAGAGUUUGAGGCAUACUUGAGACGAAUGGUCAAUCGCUUCAACAAGGACCUAUUGAUGGACACGCAUAAGGUACACUUGCUGUGCCUGAUAGCUAAUGGGAUGUUCCGGAACCGCCUGUGCAGUGAACCAGAUUUGCUGGCUAUCACUUUGUCCCUACUGCCCGCCCACUUCACCAUGGUAUCCAAGAAGCGCAUUGACCAAAACUAUCUCUCUGGAUUGCUUAAAUGGUUUGGAGCCACGUUCACCUUCAACCCAAGUCUUCCUUACGAGGAGCAUCUAGACCCCAGGGCCCUGCUGGAGAGACGACUGGCCAGCCUGUCUGCCAGGAACCAUCAGGAGAUGACGCACCUGUUCCUGUUGGUCCUGCGGUCUCUGCAGUUCUUCUGCCGAUUGGUUGUUUCUCUGCAGCCAAUUUCUCUCAAACUCCCUCCUGCCAAGGGCAAAGGAGCUAAAGGUGCUGGCAGUCCCCAAGGAGAGAAGAAGCCCAACACCCAGAAAACCUCCCAAAAGAUCUCUCCUGAACCCAAAGCCUCCCCUGGUACCAAGCGACCUGCUGCGGCGGGGAGGAGCACAGGAGAGAGAGGUGGAAAGAAAGCCAAGAAGAAAGAUGUUAAAGAGGAUGAGGAAGAGGAGGGAGAGAGGAGGAUAAUAGUUGGAGGGCAAAAACCGAAAAAUGCCAAACGCCGAAGCAUAGCCUCAAAGGUCAACUACAAGGAGCAGAGUGACAGCGAGGGGGAAGAGGAGGAGCCUAGCGAUGGGGAUGAGUUUCAGGUGACCAGUGAGGAGGAGAGCGGAGAGUUCGAGGGCAGGGCUAAACCCAAGAAGGGGAAGAAGGCUAAAGACAAGAGCAAGGCCAAAACAAAAAACUGCAGCAAAACGGCUGUGAAACAAGAAAAUGAGAGGGUGAAAAAAGAAGACAAGGACUGGGAGGAAGAGGGAGAAGAAGCAGAGGAAGGAAAGACGAGCCAAAGGACAAAUCGAAGAAGUGGGAAACAAAGAGAGGGAGGGGGUGCGGACGAGUGGUUGGAAGUAUAUCUGUACAAAACUGCCACCUGGGUCUGCGUGGAUGUGGAACACGGUGUCGGGCAGCCGCAACUCUGCUCCCGGAGUGCAACACAACCUUUGACGUACGUGGUGUCGGUGGACGAGGAGGGCCAUCUGAAGGACCUGGGCAAGAAAUACGACCCCACGUGGAUGACGUCGUCCAGAAAGAGGAGGGUGGAUGAAGAUUGGUGGGAGGAGACGUUGGAGCCGUUCCUGGGACAAGAAGACGAGAGGGACAAACGAGAGGACAAGGAGCUCAAUGCUAAGCUGCUGGACAAACCUCUGCCUACCUCUAUAGCGGAGUAUAAGAACCAUCCUCUGUAUGUCUUAAAGCGACACCUACUGAAAUACGAGGCUAUCUACCCCCCCACAGCGGCUGUACUGGGAUACUGCAGGAGAGAGGCUGUGUACUCGAGGGACUGUGUGCACACACUCCACUCCAGAGACACGUGGCUAAAAGAAGCACGGACUGUCAGACUGGGAGAGGAGCCAUUCAAAAUGGUGAAGGGUUUCUCCAAUCGCUCUCGAAAGGCAAGGAUGAUGUCAGAGCAGAAAGAUGAAAAUGACCUGCCUCUUUUUGGGGAGUGGCAAACAGAGGAGUACCAACCUCCUUUAGCUGUGGACGGGAAGGUUCCUCGUAACGACUAUGGUAAUGUAUAUCUGUUUAAGCCGUGUAUGUUACCAGUGGGCUGCGUUCACCUGAGGCUGCCCAACCUGCACCGCGUGGCGAGGAAACUAGAUGUAGAUGCUGCCCCUGCUGUCACAGGCUUCGAUUUCCAUGGGGGAUACUCACAUGCUGUGACUGAUGGUUACAUUGUGUGUGAGGAGCAUGAGGAGGUCCUCAGAGCAGCCUGGGUAGAGGAACAGGAGAUACAGAAACAGAGGGAGAAAGAGAAGCGAGAGAAGAGGGCAACUUCCAAUUGGACUCUUCUGGUGAAGGGCCUUCUGAUCAGAGAGAGGCUUCAACAGCGCUACGGCAAGAAGAACCAGGGACCCGUUGGAGCAGGAGCCUCGCAUCAAACUCACACCCAAGAUGUUGACGGAGGAGGCGGGCUUUCCUCUGAUGAUGAGGACGGUGAGAGUGAAGGUCCUAGAGCUAAGACAGCAGCUGAGACUCUGGCCAUGUCCUGGCCCCAAAACAGACAGGAGGAGGGAGAUGAAGCUAGUGCCAGUGGACUGAAGAAGAAGACAAGUAAACGAGAGAAGAGAGGGCAGGAGAAAAACUUGUUUCCAUUUGAGAGAGUGUGAUGUUGGACAUAAAAAAGACCCAAAGGUUGGCAGAGAGCAUUAUUCUCCUUUUCAGUAUAAUGUAAAACAUCUACUAGCCACAAAUUAGAGGCACCGUUCCAAAACCCUACAGUACUUGGGUUCUAUUCAGAUGCAGGCUCAAACUCCGGAGAAAAGAGGUUCAAUACAUGAUGGAAAACAGUUGGGGGGGGGGGGGACAAAGCCCUUGAUACGGCUUUUUUUUCCCCACCUGAUACUUCCCCCUGGAAGAUUUUCAGAUACCUUGAAAUUGGAUUAAGCCUUGCUUAUGUGCCUCAUUGUUUAGGGAGUUGCCCACAUCAACAUGCCUGUUCUGGGGUUUUUUUUUCCAGGUUUGAGGAUUUGGCCUGUCAUGGCAACAUCAUGUUACCGUGCUCAGUCAGUAAUAGGUGAUAGGUGGAAAUGGAUUUGCGUUCCUUGAAAACCAGCUGCUUGUUGAUAUGCUCAGAGAAGUUAAACAAAUACAGGAAAUAGCCAGGAGAUAAUGCUUGGAUUAUGCUUGGAUGGAGGGCUUGGAUUCCCAUUGAAAAAAUGUCUUUAUUUUUUUUAUGUCCGUAACACAGAAUCGAAAUGUCUGUUUUGUACUUCUAUGACACUGUUAUGUAAACCUGUUAUAAUGUUAACUUUUAUGUAAUGUUAACUUUUAUGUACUAGCUAUCUGCAUCGUCAAAAACGUUUGAAAAUGUGUUGCUGGAUAAUUCUGUAAUACUAGCAGAGAUCGGUAGCGUAGUCCUCACAAGUACCCCGAUUGGCCUUUAUGUUAUCCAUACUCUGUAUAACUACAUAUGAAUUGCAGUCAAACAUGCAAUUUGUGCUCCCCCAUUGAUUUAGAUCAACUGCUUGUGGAGGCAUACAGGAUGGCUACCGAUAUGAGCUGUGAUAUCAAGUUAUAAAGGGUUUCCUGUGCUACUGUACACAUACUCUCAAUUACGAAUCAGUUCCUGUCCAUAGUAAAUGUGGGUCAGUGUGAACUCUCUGUGGACACAAAGCCUAGAAAACACUCAAACCUCUUCUCCGGGAGGUGUUCACUGUCACCUGUUAGACUGAACACCAGGGAAUCAGUAAACUGGUUCCUUGGCCUAACACACACAAACACCACAUCAACAGAUGCGAGAUUUCACUCACGUCCAUGCCCGACAUGUGAACAUUUCCGCUCAUGUCACACCUGUAUAGUAUUUUCUUUCUGUCUGUCUUUCUCUUUCUAGUUAGGCUGCUUCCCAGGAGGUUCUGUUGUCUAUUUUGAAUGGUUCUUAUUCAACCUUUCCUUCACUCACACUGCCUCACACUCUGUAGCAUUCCCUUUCACACCCUUAUCUCUUUCUUUUUAUGCAAUCUCUCACAUCUCUUACCGUGUUGGAAUGUGACAGAAAAUAACCGUAUUCAUAAUGGUAAAUAAUGUUUUGUACUGGGAGUAUUUUUCUAAGAAUUUUUUUAAAUGCAAGUGAAAAUGACAAAAAUUACAUUUGUGCUAUUUUUCCUCUUGUGUAAGCGCAUCUUUAUAUAUUAAUUUCAGUUGAUCAGGGAUUACUUUGAAAACACGUGUGUAACAUGCAUCUGAGUGCAUGCGUCUUAAAAUUGUCAAGGAUAACAGCAUGUAAAAAAAACAAUUUCCAC